ACCUGAUAACAGCAGGACGUGUAGAGGAGCAGAUUUAAUGUGAAGAUGGGACUGUUGGUGUUUAUGCGUAACCUGCUGCUAGCACUCUGCCUCUUUCUGGUACUGGGAUUUCUGUACUAUUCUGCUUGGAAGUUGCACCUUCUCAGAUGGGAGGACUCAAAUUCAGUGGUUCUUUCCUUUGACUCCGUUGGACAUACAAUAGGCUCAGAAUAUGACAAACUGGGCUUUCUCCUGAACCUGGACUCAAAAUUGCCUCCAGAACUGGCCUCAAAGUAUGCAAAUUUCUCUGAGGGAGUGUGCAAGCCUGGUUAUGCAUCAGCGCUCAUGACUGUCAUCUUCCCUAAGUUCUCGAAGCCGGCACCAAUGUUCUUGGAUGAUUCCUUCAGGAAAUGGGCACGUAUCAGGGACUUUGUACCCCCCUUUGGAAUUAAAGGACAAGAUAAUCUGAUCAAAGCCAUCCUGUCAGCAACCAAAGAUUACCGUCUAACUCCAGCUCUUGACAGUCUCAGCUGCCGGCGAUGUAUUAUUGUGGGAAAUGGUGGAGUACUUGCAAAUAAGUCAUUGGGGUUAAAAAUUGAUGACUAUGAUGUUGUUGUCAGGCUGAACUCAGCUCCAGUGAAGGGCUUUGAAAAAGAUGUGGGUGGCAAGACAACUCUCCGGAUCACAUAUCCUGAAGGUGCAAUCCAGAAAAUGGAGCAGUACGAGAAGGAUUCCCUGUUUGUCCUGGCGGGAUUCAAAUGGCAGGAUUUCAAGUGGCUGAAAUACAUUGUUUACAAGGAGAAAGUGAGUGCCUCUGAUGGCUUUUGGAAGUCAGUGGCAACCCGUGUCCCAAGAGAACCUCAUGAGAUACGUAUCCUGAAUCCCUACUUCAUCCAGGAGGCAGCUUUCAGCUUCAUUGGGCUGCCUUUCAACAACGGCCUGAUGGGCAGAGGGAACAUCCCCACCUUGGGAAGUGUAGCAAUAACCAUGGCGCUCCACAACUGUGAUGAGGUGGCGGUAGCAGGGUUUGGCUAUGACAUGAGUUCACCCAAUGCACCACUGCACUACUAUGAGAACAUCAAGAUGUCUGCCAUCAAAGAGUCCUGGACGCACAACAUCCAGCGGGAGAAGGAGUUCCUGCGGAAGCUGGUGAAAGCUCGAGUCAUCACUGACCUAACCAGUGGGAUUUGAGUGGCUGCAGCCACUGCCUCCAAGGGAGGAGAUGAAGACAUACACUGCAGCUCUGGGAGCAGGCACUGGCAGCCCCCUGCAAGAAUUCCACCUCACUGAAGACAUACAGAGAUGCCCAGGUGCUCUGGGAAGACCCUCUCACAUUGCCAGUCUGUGCAAGGGUUGCAGGGUCUGCUGCCUUCAGUCCUGGAACUGGCAGGAGGUGGACAAGGGGCUGAAUGGUCAGUUCUUGAACUCUGCAUCACAGAUGGAUCUUUUGUGUCCUGAAAUAAGCAGGAAAGACUCAGGAGAGAGAAGAAAAGUUUGUGAAUAAAACAA